ACGACAUUUUGUCACCCAAUAGGAUACUAGCUGUCACCUGAGUGUAUGGUGUGUCUCACCUGUAAUUGUCUAAACAAGAACAGUUGCGGCGAACGUGGAUUCCGCAUUUUUGCACCAUUAUCUGGGUAAUUAUGGUCAGGCGUAUUGAACUUUCGGGUUUUUGCCUCUGUUACAUAUUAUCAAUAUUACUGCUUCGGUAAAUGUUAGGAUCACAAGUUUGUAUUCAGCCAGAAUCGUCAAAAGUUUUCAUCCCACCCACGAUUACAGUCACAUCAACAACUGACAGUGAGCUGGAAUUUUCCAGAUCACCAUCCAGCAUAUCUUUAGUGUCAUCAGACUGUACGAACACCAGUCAUUUGAAUGCUUUUGAUGACGGUGAUGAUAAUGAUGAUGGUGCCGGUGCUCAAAGCUCUUCGAAAAAGAUAUCUGUAUCCAGUUGUGAACUAACCAGUAAUGUCAACGACUAUCAGUCUUCCUUAUCAUCGUCCAUCAUCCCUACAGUGAGGUGUAAUAGUACAUACCCUUCAUCUAUGCAUUCCCCUAUGGCAUCAGGAAUUUCGUUAUACUCAUCUUCAUCAAUAAAUAAUGCAGAUGAUAAUCUGCACAAAUUAUCUCUGGAUGAAAUAUACAAUUCAUCAGAUAUCUUCAGUUCUACGUUUAAUGAUCAAACCCAACCACCUGUAGGUUUCAGCAAUCAACACGUGAAUGCCAGCUCGUUAUUUUCGCAUGCAAACCCAGAAUGCUCAACUUCAUUAAGACCAGUACGGUCGUUAAACGGAUUCUUCCAGUCGGGUGCUUCAAAUACUUGUGUUUAUUCUUCAACAACUAGCAAACAUGAUCACUCCCUUCCUCAUGGUCGGCAGUAUCCAGAAAAUCGAGUUGGAUUUAUUUGUUUAUGUCAUGGGUAUGACGGAAAGAAUCAAGAUAUUACAUUAAGUCCUAAAGUUGACUCAAAUGUUACUUUAUUUGAUAAAACACUGGCGUCCCUACCAUCAUUGUCGUCCUCAUCGUCAAUGGUGUCAUCAUCACCAUCAUCACCAAAUAACACUACAUCUCAACAUCAACAGAACGGUGGGAAUCCAUCUGUGAAGCAAUCUAGAACUUUAUUAAGGCGUUUUCGUAGUUUUAUUAUACAGUCAGUUAGAAAGUCUGGUCGUUCGGUAAAUGUCAAUGAGAACGAUAAAGUGUUGUGCACAAAAGGAGAUUCUGUUGUUGUUAAGUAUAAAGUAACUGAUCGUAACAAAAAGCGCAGUAAAUCCUUACGUGCCAUAUCGAACUGUAUCCUGUCCACUGCUUCCGUAUCACCAUCUACAUCGCCGAACGGUGUACAUCAUAGGAAUGAAAUGAAAGAGAAGGAUAAGAGUUCCCGUUCAUCACGUCGUCAUCGAUUACGUUUACAUUCUGAUCAUGGAGAGCAGUCAGACUGGCCCACUUGCUUUAAUGACAAUGGGCAUACAGAUGAUAAUUUCUUGACUAAUAGUUGCCGACAGCUUGGGAUAGUGGUAAGCCAAAUUUGAAAGAUAUAUGUAAAUAUACACUGGUAAAGGUUUCAUUCUACAUUAAUGAAUGGUUGUUUGGUUUAUCUGUGUCCUAAAAGUAGUAGGUCAGUACCCUCGGAAUUACAGUUCAUUGUCUUAGGAACUUUACCUUCAACCAGGUCUUGGAUUCCGACCCCAUUCCAAUUACUUCAACCCGAGUGAUUGGACAGUAACAUAAGCCCAUACACAACCACUGUGGCACACGAAGAAUUCCUUUAUGUUCAGUUACCAUAAGUCGUUACUAACACCAUUUUAUAUGCUACUUCCAGGAAAAAGAAGCAAAUUAAUUAUAAUCAUCACUCGUGUUCAGU